AUGUCUGGCGACCGUGAGCUUCCUUCUAACGCCAAGGCGUAUUCCAGCGAUGUGUACCGCCAGAUAGACCCCGUUGGGUUCUACGGCGAGUACAUCCGCCGCCAGGUCCGCCCGGACGGCCGGAAGCUCCGGGCGUUCCGCACGGUGGGUGUGUCGGACCUUCUAGAGGGCACGGCCGGCUCCGGGCGGCCCCUCGGCGACGGCGGCACCAUAACAGCGUCCGUCAGGCUGACGGCGGGCGAAACUCACGUGCAUUGCACCGUUAGGGCGGUGCCGGGGUACAGCGACGUGACCAUCCCCCUGGCGCCGGGCGGCGACAACGCGGUCUCUGUGGCCGUUGAGCUGCCGAAGCAGGUGCAGACGUACGUCUACGACGCCAACGGCAACAGCGCGAACGUCCACUUCUGCGUGUCGACGCUGCUGGAGACGGUGCUGAACUGCGAGGAGGUGGUUCCGACCAGGCAGCUGCGGUUCGCCGAGUUGCUGCGUGAGGAGGGCGCCGCCGCGCCUGACGCCGUUUGCGAGUACCUGGUGCGUCGAAGGUUCGGCUGGAAGCUGGAGCUGAACAUCCUGUGCGAGGAGUACGACGGCAACCUGCUGGACACCUCCGUGCUGGCCGCGUCCUUCGCGCUGAGGAAGGCGACGCUGCCCGUGGUGCUGCUGGACACCGCCGACCCGGCGAACCCGUACAGGCUGCUGGCGCUAGACCAGGGGAUACUGGAGCAAGCGAGUUGCGGAGAUGCUAAGGCUGUGGCGCUGCUCCGGAGCAACCGGCGCGCCAUUGAGAAGCAGCUGUCCGUGCAGCUGUCGGACGAAAGCAUGCUGGGCCAGCUUCUGGGGAGCUCGGCGCACCUCGGCAGGGCGCUGCAGCUGCUGGCCCUGCCCUUCACGGUCACCUUCCUGCGGUUCUCCGACGAGACCUUCUUCGUGGACCCUACCAGCGAGGAGGAGCGCCUGGGGACGUGCGUCAGCGUGUACUGCCUACGCGGCGCCGACGGGUCGUCGCGGUGCCAGCCGCUCAACCUGAUGUGCUGCCCCGGCGUCACGCCGGACGUCUACAGGUGCCUGCAGCAGGUGGCCACCGAUCUGAUCGACUGUAUCGCAAACACUGAGUUUUAA